GUCCAUGCUCAAGCAAAGUCUCAGCCCCCUCUGGGAUGUGAGGUUAUCCUGUGCCCGCUUGACACAGUGUGUCGCGAUGUGGCCGCCUGUGCCACUUGUCCUAAAGAAGCCCAGUGUGUUCCCAUAUCCAAAGUUGACACCCGUAUUGACAACAAAUGUCAACAACUCAAUUACACACAGGCUAUCCUGCUGGACAAAAAGACAUGCUACAGACAAAUAGACUGCACAGAAGUGUCCCCUCAGUGUCCCCAGGGAGCCGCUUGUGUUGAGACCUACAAUGGCAAGGGAAUUUGUUGCCGAGACCAGACUUCUUCCACCAACCAGCCUGCUUUCAGGAAAGAGAAACUAGGUGUUUGCCCGGAGAACAUCUUAAACUGCGGUCGUACCCUGUGUGAAAGCGACCGUCGGUGUCCGGGAGCCCAGAAAUGCUGCCCGGCCUGUGGAAGCAAGCUUUGCUCUGAACCUGUCAUUAAGUGUGGGGAUGGCGUAUGUAAACCCGGUGAAAUUUGCGUACAGAAGCCAUACCCGUGUACUCCAGGUAUGGUAUGCAUUCAGAUUGUCAUCGGUGUCUGCGUCCCUGCUGGCUGUGGCAAAUGUGAAUACAACGAAGAUUGUCGGGAAACACCUACUGGCUAUGAAUGCAUUCCUCCCGUUAACUGA